CGAAGAUUGGACUGGACUCCUCAGCCACUGCCUUACCAUGAUGAUUCAUCCGCCUAAAUAAUAAACAACUGCUUCGAUCCACUCGGGGUCGCUGCUUCUUUUGAGAGUGCUAGAAGCAGAGGAUCGGAGGGAUGUUGAUGACCAGAGGAACUGCUGCUAUAUCUGCUUUCGUCUCCUCCAGAUUCCCAGUUGCCCCUACGGUCGUCACACAGCAGCGGCUCUUCUCAACUCUCCGUCUGCCUUGUUCUUUUCGCCACUUCGGUGUUCGGAGAAGGUUUGGACUCCGGGGGUCCACCAUGGACUCUAGAACGGUGAUCAGAGCGUCGGCUCAGAGGCUGCAGAAUGUCGAUGACCUCAUCGAUUCUGUGCAGACCUUCAUCUUGGAUUGCGAUGGAGUUAUAUGGAAGGGCGAUAAAUUGAUCGAUGGAGUGCCCGAGACACUUGACAUGCUAAGAUCCAAGGGCAAAAGAUUGGUUUUUGUGACUAACAACUCUACCAAAUCAAGGAAGCAGUACGGGAAAAAGUUCGAAACUCUUGGUCUGAGCGUUAGUGAGGAGGAGAUCUUUGCAUCAUCUUUUGCGGCAGCUGCCUACCUGAAGUCCAUUGACUUCCCCAGGGACAAGAAGGUAUAUGUAAUAGGAGAGGAUGGGAUUCUCAAGGAGCUAGAACUUGCUGGAUUUCAGUAUCUCGGCGGUCCGGAAGAUGGUGAUAAAAAGAUUGAGCUCAAGCCAGGUUUUCUAAUGGAGCAUGAUAAGAACGUUGGAGCAGUAGUGGUUGGUUUUGACCGCUAUUUCAACUACUAUAAAGUUCAGUAUGGGACUCUUUGUAUCCGUGAAAAUCCUGGAUGUCUUUUUAUUGCAACAAAUCGUGAUGCUGUAACCCAUCUUACCGAUGCUCAAGAAUGGGCUGGUGGAGGUUCUAUGGUCGGUGCGAUUUAUGGUUCAACCCAACGAGAGCCACUUGUUGUGGGAAAGCCUUCAACGUUUAUGAUGGAUUACCUAUCAGACAAGUUCGGCAUUCUAAAAUCUCAAAUCUGCAUGGUAGGAGAUAGGUUGGACACUGAUAUACUAUUUGGGCAAAAUGGUGGCUGCAAAACUCUUCUUGUUCUAUCAGGUGUCACAACUCUGCAAAUGCUUCAAAGUCCCAAUAAUUCCGUACAACCAGAUUUCUACACAAACAAGAUCUCCGAUUUUAUUACCCUUAAAGCUGCUGCUGUCUGAACGACAGGAUUUCCUUAUUUUUGAUAAAAGCUGCAAGAUCGUCUUAAUUUAUAUUAAUUUGCAUAUGAAUGGAACUUUAAUUUCAUAUUAGAGCAAGAGCUGAAGUCCCUACCUCAGUUCCACACUUCUAAAAGGAGAUAAACUACAGAGAUAUUUAUCCUCUUAGUAUAUUUUAUAUCUGUUAAAAAUUGAUCUAAAACUUCAAUGAUCACCAUAUUAACUGUGACAAUUUGUGAA